UGUUUUACUUCCAGACCAGUUUUCUUGCACCUCUUUGGUCUUGCACCUUUUGGUCUUUCAGAAUGGUUUCACCACUUGUAACAGUUGCAUGCCUCUUUCUUCCUCUUCUUCUGUUAAUCUUUUUCCAAAACCGGAAGGGGAAGAACUCAAAGUUUCCACCUGGUCCAAGAGGGCUUCCCAUAGUAGGGAACCUUCUCUCGGUGGACAGUACCACUCUUCAUCUGCAACUGUGGGAACUGUCAAAGAAAUACGGACCCAUCGUUUCCCUUAGAUUUGGAUCAAGGAAAGCCAUUGCUGUUUGUACAUCUGAAUUGGCCAGAGAGGUGUUGAAAGACCGUGACCUCGAGUGCUGCGGACGACCUAAACUACUUGGCCAACAAACCCUCUUCUUCAAAGGCUACGAUGUUAUCUUCUCUCCAUACGGUGAGUUCUGGAGAGAGAUCAGAAAGAUUUGCGUCCUCAAUGUCCUCAGCCAGAAACAGGUCUCAACAUUUUCACCCAUCAGACACAGUGAGUUGAAGGAUAUGAUGAAAAGAAUAUCCAGAAACGCUUCAUCCGGAAAGCUUUACAACUUCACAGAAGCCACCAUUUCUCUUACAAGCACUAUCAUAUGUAGAAUUCUGUUCGGGAGAAGCUACGAAGAUAACGAAGCCGAUGGGAGUAGAUUCUAUUCCCUUCUCAAAGGGUGCCAAGAGAUGAUGGUUGCCUUCUUUUUCUCUGAUUUCAUUCCCUCCUUGGGUUGGAUCGAUACUGUCACCGGAAAGAAGGCUCGUCUUCGUGCCAUUUUCCAGGAGGUUGAUUCCUUCUUCCAGGACGCCAUUGAUGAACACCUUGAUCCCAAGAGAGUCGUCUCUCCAGAGAACCAAGACAUCACCGAUAUCAUUCUUCAACUUCAGAAGCAGCGUACCAGUUCCAUCGAACUCACAGACGACGUCGUCAAGGCCAUCCUCAUGGACUUGCUUCUAGCAUCAACAGAUUCAAGCUCGGCCUCCUUGGUGUGGAAUAUGACAGCCCUACUAAAGAAUCCGAGAGUGAUGAAGAAACUUCAAGAUGAAAUAAGGGGAAAGGCAAAUGGAAAAGAAUUUCUGGACGAUGAAGAUGUUCAGAAUCUGCCGUAUCUGAGGGCGGUGAUAAAAGAGACAUUCAGAUACUAUCCACCGGGGCCAAUUCUGGUGCAGAGAGAAACAAACGAGGACUGCGUCAUAGGAGGUUACGAAAUUCCUGCAAAGACAACAUUGUACGUGAAUGCCUGGGCCAUCCAUAAGGACGAAAACAACUGGAAGAACCCAUUUGAGUAUUAUCCGGAGAGGUUCAUGGAUAGCAACAUAACAUUCAGAGGGACAGAUUACGAGUUUCUUCCCUUUGGUUCUGGGCGAAGAGUUUGCCCUGGGAUGCCUAUGGCGAUUGCGUCGUUGGAUCUCAUUCUUGCCAAUCUUCUGAACUCCUUCGAUUGGGAACUGCCAAAUGGAAUGAAACCAGAUGACUUGGAUGUUUUGACAGAUCCUGGACUCACAGUGCACAAGAGGAAUCCUCUCCAUAUUCUUCCCAAACGUGUAAUCUAAAACUUUCUUUUCAUUCAUAGUUCCUGCGUACUACUGUUUGCUUCUUCCUUCUUCUUCCUGCCCAGUCUUACCACCACAACCACAACGUAGGUAAAUAAGGGCCCUUUGUCUCUCUCUGUCUUCUUUUCCUCCUUCACUGUCUCUUUAAUAUUUGUCUUUUCUUUCUUUUUCUUUGUACUCUUCUUGUAUUACCAUUCUUAUAUCUUAAUCAAUGUCAUUUUAUCAUCUAAUUAUUA